AUGCCUCUCCUGUCCCACCUUGGGGCCUCUACCAUCUUCCUCCUCCUGGCCUUGAGCCUCCCGCUGCACCAGGCCAAGGUGGAGGAGGGUCUGGGAGGCCCAUCCCAGGGAGCAUCAUCGCUGGAUGGGGCUAAUGUCAGCACCUUGUGCCAGGAGGCCUCAGAGUGCCAGGAGGGGGUGAUCCUGCCCGUGUGGCUACCCCAGAACCCCUCGGUGGGCGACAAGGUGGCCCGGGCCAUCGUCUACUUCGUGGCAAUGAUCUACAUGUUCCUGGGCAUGUCCAUCAUUGCCGACCGCUUCAUGGCCUCCAUUGAGGUUAUCACCUCGCAGGAGAAGGAGAUCACCGUGAAGAAGGCCAAUGGUGAGACCAGCACCACCACCAUUCGCAUCUGGAACGAGACCGUCUCCAACCUGACGCUCAUGGCGCUGGGCUCCUCGGCGCCUGAGAUCAUGCUCUCCAUCAUUGAGAUCGUGGGCCACGGCUUCGAGGCAGGCGAGAUGGGGCCCAGCACCAUCGUGGGCAGCGCCGCCUUCAACAUGUUCGUCAUCAUUGCCGUGUGCGUGCAUGUGGUGCCCGAGGGCGAGACACGCAGGAUCAAGCAUCUGCGCGUCUUCUUUGUCACGGCCGCCUGGAGCAUCUUCGCCUACAUCUGGCUCUACCUCAUCCUGGCCUGCUUCUCCCCCGGUGAGGUGGAGGUGUGGGAAGGCCUGCUCACCUUCCUCUUCUUCCCCAUCUGUGUAGUGCAGGCCUGGCUGGCUGACCGCCGCCUCCUCUUCUACAAGUACGUGCAGAAGAAGUACCGCGCCGACAAGGCCCGGGGCCUGAUCAUUGAGACGGAAGGUGACACAGCCCUCCCCAAGCUGGAGGUGGAGCUGGACAGCACCCAGGCCAAUGGGGUGGGCGAGGCAGGCAAGGACGGGGAUGAGGAGGCUCGCCGUGACAUGGCGCGCACCCUGAGGGACCUGCGGCAGAAGCACCCAGAGAAGGACAUGGAGCAGCUGAUUGAGAUGGCCAACUACCACGUGCUGGUGCAGCAGCAAAAGAGCCGAGCCUUCUACCGCAUCCAGGCUACCCGCAUGAUGAUCGGAGCAGGCAACAUCCUGAAGAAGCAUGCGGCCGACCAGGCGCGCAAGGCGCUGAGUCUGCCGGAAGUGCGCCCUGAGGACGACGACUCGCUCACCAGGGUGACCUUCGAGCCAGCGCUCUACCAGUGCUUUGAGAACUGUGGCGCCGUGGUGCUGACGGUGGAGCGGCGCGGUGGCAACGUAGCUCGCACGGCCGUGCGUGUGGAUUUCCGCACCGAGGACGGCACGGCCAAUGCUGGCUCGGACUACGAGUACGCCGAGGGCACGCUGCUCUUUAAGCCGGGCGAGACACAGCGUGAGAUCCGCGUGGGCAUCAUCGACGAUGACAUCUUCGAGGAGGACGAGUACUUCCGUGUGCACCUCAGCAACGUGCGGGCUGCCUGGGCUGAGCCGGGUUCUGAGCCGCCCCCCAAGGCCUGCCUGGGCCCUGCCGCCACUGCCACCGUCACCAUCUUCGACGACGAUCAUGCCGGCAUCUUCACCUUCGAGGGCGCCUCGGUGCGGGUCAGCGAGAGUGUGGGGGCCGUGCGGGUGCGGGUGCUGCGCACCUCAGGGGCCCGGGGCCGGGUGGCCCUGCCCUACCGCACCAUGGAGGGUACCGCAAAGGCUGGUGAGGACUACGAGGAGGCCGAGGGGAAGGUGGAGUUCCUCAACGACGAGAUCACGAAAUUCAUCGAGAUUAAAAUAAUCGAUGACGAGGAAUAUGAGAAAAACAAGAAUUUCCACCUGGAGCUGGGGCCCCCUGAACUGCUGGAGAUGGGGCUGCGGCACGGUGACUCUAAUGAGAACCGCCCCACUGAGGGGCAGGAGGGGGCCACCAUCGCCAAGAUGGGGUGUCCCAGCCUGGGGGAACACCCCAAACUUGAGGUGGUGAUUGAGGAGUCCUACGAGUUCAAGAGUACUGUGGACAAACUGAUCAAGAAAACAAACUUGGCGCUGGUUGUGGGGAGCAGCAGCUGGAGGGAGCAAUUCGUCAGUGCCGUGACGGUCAGCGCUGGGAACGAGGACGAGGACGAGACGGGCGAGGAGCGGCUCCCGUCCUGCUUCGACUACAUCAUGCACUUCCUGACAGUGUUCUGGAAGGUUCUCUUUGCCUUCGUGCCCCCCACUGAGUACUGGGGGGGCUGGGCCUGCUUCCUUGUCUCCAUCGCGCUCAUUGGGAUGCUCACCGCGCUCACUGGCGACCUGGCCUCCCACUUCGGUUGCACCGUCGGCCUCAAGGACUCAGUCACUGCUGUGGUCUUCGUGGCCCUUGGCACCUCCGUGCCUGACACCUUUGCCAGUCGGGCAGCGGCAAUCCAGGACCAAUACGCGGAUGCCUCCAUUGGCAAUGUGACGGGCAGUAACGCAGUCAACGUCUUCCUGGGCCUAGGGGUGGCCUGGACCAUUGCGGCCGGGUACUGGGCGAGCCAGGGCCAGCGCUUUAUGGUGGCCCCGGGCACGCUGGCCUUCUCCGUCACGCUUUUCACUAUCUUUGCCCUGCUGAGCAUCGCUGUACUGCUGUACCGGCGGCGCGCGCCUGUGGGGGGCGAGCUGGGGGGUCCCCACACCCCCAAAAUCCUCACUGUCCUGCUCUUCUUCUGUUUCUGGCUCCUCUACAUCCUGCUGGCUGCUCUGGAGGCUUACUGCCACAUCCAGGGCUUCUGA